AUGGUGUUCAAGGGCAUGAGAGUGGCAAUCCGGGAACAUCCCUACGUAGCGAGUAUACGGCGGAACUUCAUGCAUUAUUCGGUGGCGACUAUGCUUACUAAAAACUUGUUCGUAACUGUCGCACAUCCUUUGAUCGAUGUACCGCUUUAUGAGCUGGCGAUUGUGGUGGGCGAGAAUUACGCUGACCGAGGAGCCACGCUGCUGACUGUAUUAUUAGUUAUCGUUCACGAGGCUUUCGACAAGUACACAUUGGCAGCUGACAUUGCCCUGCUAAGGGUCUUCGAAGAUUUGUCCUUCAGGCAUGUAUAUUGUAUUGAUACUCAUUCGCUGGAGAAGGUGAUGGAUAUUUGUCAAAGAGUCACAAACAUAAUUGUUAAUAAGUACUUAGUACUGACGCCCAUAGACCAAAAAGAGCCGUCGUCAGAAUCGCGCAUUACCAUAAGAUAUAGUGGCAAUAUUUGA